AUGAAGAAACGUCAGGUGAAGAGACAGAUGAAGGCGACCUUGACAGUGAAAUUCUGGCUGAAGAUGAGAGCCCAGAAUCAGAGGAGGAAGAGGAAGAAGAGGAGGAAGAGGCAGCCAGUGAUGCUGAAGAAGAGAAAAAAUUGUCCAACAAGCUGAAAAAACCAGCCUUCAGUUUCCAGGCCAUUGAUGACUUUGAGAAAUUUGCCGAAGGGAUGGAUGAGCUUGGAAGCGAGGAAGAAGAAGAAGCCAGCUCAGGAGAAGACCAGGAAGGUGGAAGUGACUCACAGGAAAGCGCGAAGGAGGGUGAGGAGGAAAUGGAAGAGGUCGACAGGGAUCCAGAAGUUGGAAUCCUCUUGACUCACUCGCAAGGCAAAGCAGCUGAAGAAGUGGCGAAGGGAAAAGCCGUGAAGAACCAAAUAGCCCUGUGGGAUCAGCUCCUGGAAAGCCGAAUCAAGCUGCAGAAGGCUCUCUUAAUAGCCAACCAAAUUCCACAGCCAGAUACUUUCUCUGAGUUCAAGAAGAGAGGCGGACAGGAAUUUUCUAACGUGCUCAAGAACAGUAAGGAUCUAUCUGUGAUUAUGUGCUUUAAUAUUAUUGACAAUAUAGUUAAUAUAUUAUGG